AGAGAGAGAGAGAGAGAGAGAGAGAGAGAGAGAGAGAGAGAGAAGCAUGGAGCUUCUACUCAGCGCUGCUGCUGUUCCUGAAGAGCUUUGCAAACAGGACUAACGCACAAGAGGACUAAAUCGCCAGACGCACACAUACACACACACACACACACACACACACACACACAUGCAUACAGACAAAAACACGUGUAUUCACUGAACGACUGGGCGAGAAGCGCGAAAGGAUGUCCCGCAGCUGUGUGUCCGGUGACCUGGUCCCGAGGGACAUCACGGAGAUCCUGGCCCAGCAGAGCCGCUGCUCUAAGGGGACUCGAACCCGAGCCCGAGCCGCCAAGAACCAGAACAACUCCUCCGGCUCCUCCUCUGGCUCCUCCUCCUCCACCUCCGGCUCCUCCUCCCUGGGUCUGGGGCGGGCUCUGGGCUGGUUCCGACACGCCCCCAGCAGCAGCAGCAGGCAGCGCAGCAGUAGCCUGGGACCGAGCCGCGCCGCCACUACCCACAAACCACCACCAGAGGGCAGAGCACACCAACCCUUCAAAGCGGGCCCCAAUAGAGAUGAGGAUCGGGCUGGUCUGACGGUUCACUACUCGGCUUCUCAGCACUACCAGGAAAACGUCUUCAUCCAGGCCAGUCGCCCCAAACACCUGGAGGACCUACACACACAGGCACAGGAGGGACUACUGCAGCAGACACUAGAGGAACAUAAAAAUGGCGCGGACCACCAGACUGAUCAGACUAGUGUUCCAGACGGCCCCUGGCCGGAGACGGAUGUGAGCCCGGAGCCCCAUCAGUCAAUAGACUCCUCCCCCGUGGGCGUCGCCACCACCGCCUCCUCUUCCUCCGCCUCCACCCCCUCAUCCUUCUCCUCCAGACCACCACUCACACGACAAGGGUCCACGUUUAAGCCCCUAAACCCAGCGGUGAGGAGACCGGAGAGGAGCAAGAGGAGGAACAGGAGAACUACUAUCAUGGGAAUACCACAACAGGUCCACAAGGAACUUGUCAUGCAGAGGUCAAGCCCCUCCCAGGAGCAGCCGGCAGAUGAAGACGAUGACGACGAUGAUGAUGUCGACGACAGGGGACACUCCUCGGACGUGGUGAUCAUCCCGACGGUGGACGGCGAGGGCCCGGAGCCGAGUCGCGAGGGCGUGCGUGUGCACCUGCUGAGCAUCGAGACCCUGCAGGCCUCCCGAGAGGAGCAGUUACUACGGCAACACCUACAGGCCCUGUACCGCGACGACCUGGCCCUCGCACACAGAUGUGGCCCCCGGCGCACCUCUCCACUGCAGCAGCAGCGUCCCAAGUCCCUGGCGGUGCCCGGCCUGACAUCCUCGUCCACUUCCUGCUCGUCGUCCGCCAGCUUCCUGCAGGAGCCGCUGGGCCCCGUCAUGUCCGUCUCCCCUCAGGCCACCUACAUGUCCACCAUCAUCCCCAACGCCAUCCUGCCCGCCGCCAUCGACAUCGACCGCACCCGCAGCCGCAGCGGCAGCCUGGCGGUCAGCAAGAACAGCCUGCGCAGCCAAUCGUCUGCCACGACCAGCCCGGGGUCCUCGCGCUCCGGCGGGGCGGCCGACACCCUGGAGCCUCCGUCCUCCUCACACAGCUGCCACUCGCACUCCUCCGAGACCAUCGUGUCCAACUCCACCACGUCAUCCACCAAGGACAACAUGGUCUCCAUCCCUGCUACUGCUGCUACGGUGGAGGGCAUAGGAGCCAAGGAGGGCGUAGUAGACAUGAACACAGCACAUGUUACAAGAGUCCCAAUGAGCUCCUUCUACCCUGAGAAGAAGGACGGCGGCAGUCGGAGGGUGACGUUGGCCAAAGUGGAGGAUGAUGAUGAGGAAGAGGAAGAUGGCGAAGGCGAAGGUGCUGCCGAGGACGCAGGUGACGAAGACGAGGAGAAUAAUCGGAACAGCCAGGUGUUCUCACGUAGCCUCUCCGUGACGAAGACCAAAAAACAGCCCCCGGCACCCCCGAGAAGAACGUACUCGCUGCACCAGCAGAAGAUGGAGAGGAAAGCCAAAGAGGCGGGAGGUACGGAGGCCUGUAGGGGUCAGAAUGUGACCUGGGCGAAACAAGAGGACACCAUGCAGAAUGUGACCUGGGCGAAACAAGAGGACACCAUGUCUCCAACUUCCACUACAGGAAGCACUUCCUUCAACUCCAGCACUGUGAUUGAUGACGGCGACUGCCAAUCGUCCACCGCCUCCAGCCCUCUAAAUCCCGCCUACCCCAACAUUGUGGGGUCGACAGAGCCAAUCAGCCCUCUUCUUCUUCCACAGCAUGAUGACUCCACUGCAGGAGGGGGAAACUUUGACAGGACUUUGUCGCCCUCUAGUGGUUAUUCCAGCCAAAGCGGUACCCCGACACUUUCACCAAAGGAGAUGAUCUGCCCUCCUCCUCUUACCACCGCCACCACACCGGAGAGGAAAGCAAAACCGCCCAAGCCGGAGAGGACAGGCUCAAAGUCGUCGUUGUUGACGACCGUCUCCAACCUCCAAGCUUUGGGUCCUCCUUCAGCUGUUCCUCCAGAUCAGACAGCAGAGGAAACCCCAAGCAACACCACCAACACCACAACCACCAUCAACACCAUGACCACCAUCGAUACCAUCAACACCACCAAAACAUCUCCUCAGGCGGCUAACACCGUUUCCCACCCUUCCUCCACAGUGGACUUCAGGGAUCUCCUCAGCAUCCCGCCGCCCCCCAGCGUGAAAGCCCCCGUUCCCCCACCUCCGGAAACAUGGGCACACAACAGACGCACCUUCGAACUUCUGUGCGGCCCACCUCCAGACAUGAACAAACUUCUCCACUUACAGCAGAGGCAUCAGAGUAGCGUCAGCCACCAGACGACGCCGCAAAGCCAAAUACCCCCAGAGGAGCGAGAAGCGGACCCAAAGACGACGACCACCAGGGGAGUGGAUGUUGAUGAUGAUGUUGAUGCUGUUGCCCCUCAAAUGGAAAAACAGGAGAGUUAUAACGUUCAAGAGCUGCAAGUACCUGAAAGCACGACGGAAAAUAAACACCACGAGUCCCAGACUGUAGGAAAUGUUGACAUGGUAGCUCUGCGUGUGAAAGACAGCGUGACACAAGACGGGCAUCAGAGGAAAGAAUCUUGCCAUGCUGGCGAUGGAAGCCUGAUCUCUAAAAACAACAGGCCAAUAGAGGACAAGGGAACUGUGACUCCCAAGAAGGCACCACCACCACCGGUUAUGAAGAAGAGCAUCCGCAUCAAACCAGGACAGAAACCAGAGCAGCUGCAGCAAAGUAUACAGGGACUUGCUGCCCACAAAGAUCAAGUCAGGCCCUCACCAGAAACACCCCUAUCUCCAAUCAAGAACACAGACACAGUCAUCAUCGCCAAGGCCAAAGUUGUCAACAGCACAAAUGGUAACAUGGAGAUUUCAGGUCCACAGGCAGCGUGUGGCCAGAAACCAGAGCAGCUGCAGCAAAGUAUACAGGGACUUGCCCACAUCAGCUACUCCCACAAAGAUCAAGUCAGGCCUUCGCCAGAAACACCCCUGUCAUCUCCUACUACCAAGAACACAGACACAGUCAUCUCAGAUGCCAAAGUUGUCAACAGCAGCACUGGUAACAUGAAGACUUCAUCAGGUCCACAGGCAGCACGUGGAGAGAAAGCCCAGGAGCCGUCAGUUCCAGAGGUGCCGUGUAAGAUAGCGAAUAUAGUGUCGAAUGGACAAAACAGCUCUUCUUCUAAACAGCCGAAACCCAGUGGCUCCUCCCCUCCGCCAUCGCCUCCUCCCGCACAUCUACCACCUCCACCUCCUGCAAAAACAGAUACAGCACCUCCUCUGUCUGAGGAGGAUGAAGAGAAAGAGGAUGAGGAAGAGGGGGAGGUACUCUACAUGGAGUCGGUCUGGCCACCUCCUCCUCCUCCUCUGCUUGACCUGCCCGACUUGGCCGACGUCUACGAGGGGCAGGAUGAGAUGGACUUCCCUCCCCCACCACCGCCAUUCUCACCGCUAACUCUCCUGGAGCUGGAGCAAACUCACCAAACUCAUCUAACUCAUCCAACUCACCCAACAACACAUCUAACUCACCAAACUCAUCUAACUCAUCUAACUCACCAAACUCACCAAACUCACCAAACUCACCAAACUCACCCAGCUCACCCAACAACGCAACACUCUCAGAGUCAGAGUCAGUCCACGGCAACAGGUGCUGUGACAACAACAGCAGCUCAGGAAGUGGAGCUGCUGCGGCAACGUCAACGUCAGGCGGCCCCAGCAGCUGACAAUGCUGUAGAGCCAGUUUCUGCAGACCCAAAGCUGGAGGUGAAGAAAGACCUCAAAUCUGACGAAAAUCCUGUUGCAACAACUCUCAACAACCCACCUGAGGUGAUGAGUCAACAGCCCCAGGAGGUUGUUGUUUCAAAAGCAGAUUUGGGAGUUUCUGAGAGUCACCCACCAGUGGGUCAUCUUACAGAGAGCUGUGAGCCUACAGAUUUGAGCACGGCGACCUCCAAAGAUCUUCAGGCACUUACAGGAGAACCUGCAUCUGCACCUGCACUGAGAGAUCAAGAGAUCCCAGCAGCACCCUUAGAGGAACCCCGACCUGCUCCACAACGGUUGACGCCUACACCAUUUUCCACCACCACCGAAAUGGCCUCAGAAUCCCACGCGCCUUCACCGAUAGAUCAGGCUUCUGUCCCUCACAUACCUACACAAGACUCAGGUGCUGACGCUUCACCUGUGGCUUGUGUUAGCACUGAAACGGCUCCAGGGACGCCACCGUGUUCAGACAAUCAAACUCCACCUCCAGCCCCAGCUCCUGUUGCCGCCUGUCCUCUAGUGGAGGCGCCGGCCGCUGUGACCUUCAGGAGGCAGCCCAGCCUGAUGGGCAGGGAGAACCGCAACAGCCUGAUGGGCAGAGAGAACCGCAACAGCAGCAGCAGCGGCAGUAGUAGCAAGGAUGUGUUGUCGCGAGGCAAGAGCUCUCCCACUCCAAAGGAGGACGCCAACAUCCCUCUCGUCACACCGUCUCUGCUGCAGAUGGUGCGGCUUCGCACAGUGGGAGCGGAUGAGGAGCAGGCGGUGACCUCCCCCUCCUCCUCAUCGUCACCCAGUAGCGCAGCACCCAGCGGGGACCGCACACCAAGCCACCAGGACGCCAGUCGGAGCCCAGCAGCAGUGCCUCAGAAACCCGUACGCAAGUCGCUGAGCAUGAAGUUGAGCUCUCCCGCGGCGACAACAGCGGCGGCGACGACCAAGACCCCAUCGUCCUCGAGCGGCAGCCCGUCCAUGCGGCUACAGGAAGCCAUCCGCCUCAAGACGGCCGCCAUGAGCUCCAGAGACGGCCUGCUGCCCGCCAGGCUCCGCCUACGCUCCUCCAUGGCCUCACUCUCACAACUACACAGUACCCACGACACCGCGUCUGGAGAUGUUGGCCAUACGCCUCCAGCAGGGGGUGCCCCACUGACGUCUCCUUCCUCCACCGCCAGCUUCAUCUUCUCCAAGAGCACAAAGAAGGUCGUCAUAGAGACGACCUCUGACCCUGAGGCCCAGACUGUGGUGAUUGACUCUACUACUCUACUGGGUCUCCAACCACCAGGGGGUCAGCAGCAGCAGCAACGGCACCCAAAACACGACGAAGCCAAAGGCAGCGACGCCGACGUCACCUUCCACCACCAAGACGCCUUCGCAGGGGGCGAGAUCUUCUGCCAUCACUGCAGCGACAGGAGCCAAUGGCGGUGCUGCAGUCAGCUUGGCGUCAGCCAAUCAACAAGCACAGACUACAGAUGUCCAGCCAUGUUCCGCAGGCAAAGCAGACAGAGCAAAUGGCAUUGAAGUUUCGUGAGGAGGGUUGGAGCAGGUGUCAGGGAAGAGCAAGUCGUAGCAGAAGUGUCUGUAUGAUGGAGAAUGAUAA